CGGGCUGAUCAGCUGCAGCACCGGGACUAGCACACCGACAAACGAAAGGGGAAUCCUCGCCCCUUCCGCAGCGGAUCGAGAAUCGAACACACGACCUUUCAGUCCAACCCCUUCUAGUGUUAGCAGAAUUGAAGAAGCUCUAGGACGUGAACUAGAACUUGAAGUUGAAGUUGAAGCAUAGAGGUUCUCCGACCUCUACUACGGUAGGUCCUUGCACAAGUUGAAGAAGGCGCGCAUGCAAGCCUGUUUACGGAUCCGAGCUGUAGACUCAAGUAUCAGAGCGUUCCUUAGAGCAGGUGUGUAGGGGCUCCUCAAAAGUCCAAGAAGGUGCGAUCGCUUGUGGCAACUGCUUUUUUCUGAAGCCCUCAGCCGUGAAAGGGGACUGCGAUGGAAGGCCAAGCGGGCGUAGCCCCUUCCGUGACUAUCGACGUCCCUGCUGCGAAAGGCUACCAAGCAGAUGCUUCGGCCGGUUCGGCCAACGGUCCUUCGGAGGAUGUGAGUGCAUACAAGCAAGAUCUGGAGUCUGCUGAACGGGAGCCAUGUGACGAUCUCGAUGAGAUGGGCUUUCUUUCUGUUAGCGGUCGGGACCUACAAGGCCGUCAAGUGGUCGUCAUCAUUGGGAAGCUUCUGCCCGCGGGUGCAACCUCUCGAGACCGCUUGAGAAAGUAUGCCAUACAGAAGCUGCAUCCUGUCGUAUCGGCGGGCAGCUACUCGAUUUUGUUCGUUAACACCAAUGCGACAUUUCAGGCAAAUUCCCCGGGCGUCCUUUGGCUCCGUUCCACGUUCGAGGCCCUCCCUUCCAUGUACCGGGCACAGCUCGGGGCAGUCUAUUGCCUACACCCUACCUUGGGGCUGCGCCUAGUGCUCGCCGCGGUCGCGCCUUGGAUGAGUCAAGGGCUCUGGCAAAAGCUGGUAUACGUCAGCCGAGUGGAAUUCCUCUUGGAACACGUGGCAGCCGGACAGGUCGCCCUGCCCGACUUUGUCCUGGAGCACGACCAAGAACUAGAGGGGCGGCCUUUGAUGGACUACGGCGUGGAAGCGGACGGCGACCAAGCGGCCAUGUUUAGGAGCGCCACCGAGGGGGUGCCUGAAUUGAGAGAACCGUUGGGAGUUUAUCAUGGGGCAGGAUGAGUUUCAUGUUGUACAGGGGUUUGACAUUUUUGAACGGUUCAUUUGGUAGUGUCUUAUGUAUCUGUACAGCAUGUCAGCACUUUGAGUGGACCGAGUUGUCAUUUUUCUUGUCGUCUGUACAUUCAUGCCGGAAGGUCGACACGGAGGAGAUGAGUUGUCGUGAUUUUGAAAGCAUAGCUGUAGCGAACUCGCUUCCGAGUAAGCCGUUUCGGAAGCCCGAACUUAGGCCACAAGGCGUGUGGAGGUUGCAGAGAGUCCAUUGGCUGCUGUCGUGACCCAGAUUGAAUCGAGAAAAGUGACGGAAAGUUUCAUGCCGGAAAGAGUUGACAUCGGCCCAGUUGUGAGAGAACCGCUCAAGUGAAGCCGAGACGUAUGUACAAUGACUGAAAUGCAACCCAGCCGGCUGGUACUGCGACUUCAAUUCCCUCACUGACCCUUUGUUGGGAAAGGCAGUCGCUCUAGUAGAGACGCC